AGUUUUAAUAGUAAGGCACUCUUCACAAUCUCGACUUGCUCUUCCUAAACCAGGUAAACCCUAGAUUCAUUCUCUUUAUCGGUUUCCAAUCACCGGCGACUAAAAUCGACGAUGGCCACGAUCAGUCUUCGCAAGAGUAAUACUCGUCUUCCACCGGAGGUUAACCGCGUACUCUACGUCCGCAACCUGCCGUUCAACAUAUCUAGCGAGGAGAUGUACGAUAUAUUCGGGAAGUACGGGGCCAUCCGGCAGAUCCGCAUAGGAAACGGCAAGGACACUCGCGGUACCGCCUUCGUCGUUUACGAGGAUAUCUACGAUGCCAAAACCGCGGUCGAUCACCUCUCCGGCUUUAACGUCGCCAACAGGUACCUUAUUGUCCUCUACUACCAGCAGGCCAAGAUGAGUAAGAAAUUCGAUGCCAAGAAGAAGGAGGAGGAGAUUGCCAAGUUGCAGGAGAAGUACGGCGUCUCCACCAAAGAUAAGUAGAUUUACGAAACGUCACUGUUUUUUUUGUACUUUUAAGUUCUCCAAUACUGUUGGUUUAUGAAGGUAAUUGUGCAUGUUAUAUUUGGAAUAUCCAGUUUCUGAUGUUAAGAAUAUGGUGAACUGCGCAUCAAGUUGAAGUUUAUAUUAGAAGUUUGGGAAGUUAUUUGAUUUCUAAAGUCUUGGUAUGGUACUAUACAACUAUGGUUGAACUUUCAAUUCCUAGUUAUGUGAUGAAACUGUUAUGUUGCUA